AGAGAUUGCGUGGCAGGAGGGGCCAUAUAGAAAGCAAAGUAGAUAUCUGGAGAGAAUCGCAGUAAACCACAAUAUGUUUAAUGUUCUCCAAAGACUAUUAGGGGGCGACACGCCACCAAGCAAGGUAUUAGAAAUUAAAGGAGAAUCGCUGGGAAGUCUAUUGGUUAUAGGGCGAGAUGAGGGUAUGGUCCUCUAUUCGCCGCCCUUCAAUUCCACAGAUAAAAAAGCAUGCUACGAGAUCAUACUUCAACGUCAUGUCAAUGAUCCUGCCAAUACGUGUUUCAGUUUGUUUCGCUCACCCUCACAGCAGGAUGCCGAAGACCGAUUUAAUGCUUUCGUACAUCGUUUGCCCGUAUUUGUAACUAUCGUUAAAGAGUUUUUUAAUGUUAACGGUCUACAAAGAGUAUGUGAUGCCUUAGCAGAAAAUCCUUCCUGGUCACUUGCGCACUUGGUAGCCUUUUUUAAUCUUGUUGAUUAUGUCAGUAAUCCAAAAGUACUGGAAUUCAUCGAUUACGCUGAUCAUGUACACCUUAUGUCCCCCUUUCAGCUUGCCAUCAAAACUGGGAACAUGGAAAUGGUUAAGACAUUAUUGCCCCUCUGUAAAAUGGAACACUUAGAUAACAAUAGUAAUUCUGUAUAUCAUUACGCCGCCAGUACAACAAAAGAAAUAAUAAAUCUACUAACUUCGAAAAGCACUGAAAAUCUCAAUCACAUCAACUCUGACGGUUAUCCACCGCUGCAUUUAGCCUGCUUGUCGGACAAGCCGGAUUGUGUAAAAGCAUUGCUGUUAGCUGGUGCAGAUGUUAAUAUGAAUGCCAAAAAUAUGAGUAAAAUAUACAAAUCGAGUACACCAACAUCAGUUGCUGAAUUUCUCAAAACUAAUGCUAACAAACUGUACACUCAGGAUAUGAAAUUCGGCGGAACUCCUUUGCAUUGGUGUUCAUCACGGGAGACAUUGAAUGCGCUCAUUAUGCAAGGAUGCGAUAUCAAUGCGACCAAUUUCGAUGGACGCACCGCCUUACAUGUGAUGGUUGCACGAAACCGUUUCGAAUGUGUUGUUACGCUGCUGGCUCAUGACGCUGAAAUUGAAAUAUUCGAUAAAGAUGGUAACACAGCUUUGCAUAUAGCGAUCGAAAAGAAACUUGUGCCGAUCGUACAAUGCCUUGUGGUCUUUGGUUGCGAUAUAAAUAUGAAAAAUAAAGAUGGCGAGACACCGAGACAUAUGGUCGGAAACGAUUCCAACAGCGGUAAAGAUAGUGAAAUUCUGUACAUCUUGCACUCAGUUGGUGCUAAACGUUGCCCAGAAUCAAGCACCAAAUGUCCAGGUGGAUGUAACGCCAAAGGAUCCUACAAUGGUAUCCCACCGGAAUCUCCCGAGCCAGUUGAGCAACGAGAGCACAUUGAGAAUAUGCUGGCCUCUACUAGUCGUCAAGCGAUGGAUGGCUUUUUUUCUGUCUCAAAUGGUGGCGCCGUAAAGCCAGAGCCACCGGUGAUCAUCGACACAGAAAAGGAGCAAAAGGGUCAGAGUAUUAUGGAUGCUUUAUUGGGUAUGUUUACGACAAAAGUAAAUGCCGACAGUAAGAAAGUUUCACCCAGCAACAGCUUGGAAGGUAACGGCAGUGGCGAUGCCACCGGUGGAGCGACACCUACAACACCAGCAUCCACUGUUAGCGAGGGGAGCAACAAAGGUGAGAAACCAUAUGGGCGCGGUCGCUUAUUGUGCUUAGAUGGAGGUGGCAUUCGUGGGUUGGUCCUUGUACAAAUGUUGCUUGAAAUCGAAAAGCUCUCUCAAACACCAAUUGUUCAUAUGUUCGACUGGAUUGCUGGCACUAGUACUGGCGGUAUUUUGGCACUUGCUCUCGGCUGUGGCAAGACGAUGCGGCAGUGUAUGGGUGUGUAUUUAAGGCUAAAAGAACAAUGCUUUGUCGGCUCCCGUCCUUAUCCCAGCGAAUUGUUCGAAAACAUCUUAAAGGAUAAUUUGGGUCAGUAUACUGUAAUGACUGAUAUCAAACACCCUAAAAUUAUGAUAACCGGUGUAAUGGCCGAUCGUAAGCCAGUGGAUUUGCACCUUUUCCGAAACUAUCAUAGCGCCAGCGACAUUCUAGGAAUUGUUACACCUAUUAGCAAUCGUCGUGUGCCACCUCCUCCGCCAGAAGAUCAACUAGUUUGGCGGGCAGCGAGAGCCACUGGCGCAGCACCCUCUUAUUUCCGCGCUUUUGGACACUUCCUCGAUGGCGGAUUAAUCGCAAACAAUCCAACGUUAGAUGCUAUGACAGAAAUACACGAAUAUAAUAUGGCUUUGCGUAGUGUUGGCCGCGAAAAAGAGGCUGUACCGGUUUCAAUUGUUGUUUCCUUAGGUACUGGUCUGAUACCAGUAACCGCACUUAAAGAUAUCGAUGUGUUCCGCCCAGAGAGCAUAUGGGAUACAGCAAAGUUAGCCUACGGAUUCUCAACCAUUUGUAACCUACUUGUCGAUCAAGCCACUGCCUCUGAUGGACGUGUUGUUGAUCGCGCACGUGCCUGGUGCAGCACUAUUGGAGUGCCCUACUACAGAUUCAACCCACAACUAUAUGAAGAUAUUGCGAUGGAUGAGAAGGAUGACCUGAAAUUGAUUAAUAUGUUGUGGCACUCAAAAGCCUAUAUGCACAACAAUCGGAAUAAAAUAAUAGAAAUGAUUAAUUUAUUGAAAUAGCAUAUGAAAAGGGCCUAGAGUGUGUUCUGAAUCGAAAUUAAAAUGAGUAAACUUAUGUAUUCGUUAGAAAGUAGUUCAAAGAAAAUAUUGAGAAGUAAGGAGAUAUUUCUUUAAAUGAAAGACCAUUAAAUUAAAUAAAUAUGUUACUUCAAAGUUUUAAACUGAAAA